GCCCCGCCCGCCCCACGCCCUGCACCUCCCUCCCGCCCCAGCAUCCCUGCGCGCUGUACCGCGGCCGUUGGGGUGGUGCGGUGGUGCGCCAGCCGACUGGACACCGCUCGGGCGAGAGCCUGCCAGCCCAGCCCCAGCCCCAGCCCAGCAGUCUUCGCCGUGGCGAGCCGCCCGAAAUGAUCCCAGUCUGAGUACACAGUCGGUUUGCAGAGUUUCCGAGAGGCAUGGCUGCCCUGGACGCGGCCCGCGCGGGCUCAGCCGCGCGACCUGCCCUCCACGUCGCCGCCCUGAUCCUGGCCCUGGUCCUUGUCGGGGAGGCUGUGGAGCUCGACGACGACGUGCACCGCGUGCCGCACGGCGUGCCCCCGCACGCCCGCCACCUGUUCGAUGCGGUGCGCAGCCGCGCCCCGGCCCGCGAGCAGAGCCUGGCGGUGCAGGCGCUGCUGGGAAGGCUGCUGCCGCGGCGGGCGCACCUGUUCGGCGUGGCCGUGGAGCCGGACGGUGCUCCCCCGCACGCCCACAGGGACACCUUCAGGGUGGUGAAGGAGCCCGGCCGCGCGUACGUCAACAUCACGGGCAACAGCGGGGUGGCCGCGGCCUGGGGGCUGCACCACUACCUGACGCAGGUGUGCGGCUGCCACGUGUCCUGGGACUACGACCAGCUCGCCCUGCCGGACCCGCUGCCAGACGUCAACAUGACGGUCACGGCCGUCGACAGGUACCGCUACUACCAGAACGUGUGCACGGUGAGCUACUCGUUCGUGUGGUGGGACUGGGCGCGCUGGGAGCGCGAGCUGGACUGGAUGGCGCUCAACGGCAUCAACAUGGCGCUGGCCUUCACCGGCCAGGAGGCCGUCUGGCAGCGCGUCUACUCGCAGCUGGGCCUGUCCAAGGAGGACGUGGACCACCACUUCACCGGACCCGCCUUCCUCGCCUGGCAGCGCAUGGGCAACGUCCGCGGCUGGGCCGGGCCGCUGUCCGCCUCCUGGCACGCGCACUCGCGCCUGCUGCAGCACCGCAUCCUGGACCGCAUGCGCGCGCUCGGCAUCGUCGCCGUGCUGCCCGCCUUCGCCGGCCACGUGCCCAGGGGCUUCCAGAGACUGUUUCCCAACUCGACAACCACCCCGCUGCAGAGGUGGAAUCGCUUCCCGGACGAGUACUGCUGCCCGCUCCUGCUGGACCCCACGGACCCCGUCUUCCACAGGGUGGGCACUCUCUUCAUGAGGGAGCUGAUAGCCGAGUUCGGCACGGACCACAUCUACAACAGCGACACCUUUAACGAGAUGCAGCCGUCGGACGGCCGGCCCGAGUACCUCGCCCGGGUGGGCCGCGCCGUGUACGACUCCCUGGUCGACGUGGACCCCGAGGCUGUCUGGAUGAUUCAGAACUGGCUGUUCGUCCACGACGCGUUUUGGACCGAGCCUAGGGCCAAGGCGCUGCUCACCUCGGUGCCGACGGGCCGGAUGUUGGUGUUGGACCUCAUGGCGGAGCUGCUGCCGCAGUACCGCCGCUUCCCCUCGUACUACGGCCAGCCGUUCGUGUGGUGCAUGCUGCACAACUUUGGCGGCACCCUCGGGAUGUACGGCGCCUCCAACUACGUCAACAGGAACGUGUUCGAGGCGCGGGCCCUGGCCAACAGCACCAUGGUCGGCACCGGGCUCACCAUGGAGGGCACCGGCCAGAACUACGUCAUGUACGACCUGGCCAACGAGCUGGCGUGGCGCGCCAAGCCCGCCAACCUCACCGAGUGGGCAGCGUGUACAACAACCAGGACACGCUAUACACCAACCACGGCCGGUACGCCCUCAUCCUGCACCCGUCUCUCGACCUAGAGGACCCCGUAAGUAUGGUGCUGGCUGGCUGCCGAGCUGCAUCAUUGCACCUCAUGAGGUUUGGGGAAGGUUUGGG